CAGAGCAGGGUGCAGGUCCCCGCUAAUGACUGGCCACCACAGUUGGGGAUAUGGGCAGGAUGACGGUAGGUUCCAGCGUUUCCAUGCUGCAUCUCUCUAUCUUCCCCCCACUCAUUUUCUUUCUAGAGCUGUUGCCUGAGCCCUGCAGAGCUGCCUGCAUUUCGGUGUCUGCGAGCAUCAAUAUAUACAGCAGGCUGCAGAUAUUACAGAUGGGUCCCUUUCCAAAAAGCUGUUAUGAAAAGGAUUAACUGUCUAUGUCUCUCCAAAAGCGAUUCUUUUAAGUAAGGAAGAUUUAGUAGGGCAGUAAUAGAUCUUCUGAUCCUAUGCAGCUACUGAAAUGUGAUAUUGAAGCUUCCAGAGAAGUGAAUAAAAUAAGAUGUAUGUUCUGUAUUUCUAGAACAUCAAUAAAUUGUAGAGGACCUUCAGAGUGGCACAAAUCUUAUCCUAUUGCCCAAGGGAACCGCCAGUCACCUAUUGAUAUAGUUUCUGCAAGAGCAGUUUAUGACCCUCACCUGAAGCCACUUAUUAUCUCCUAUGAAUCGUGUACAUCUCUCAACAUAUCCAACAAUGGCCAUUCGGUUAUGGUUGAGUUUGAAGACACUGAUGACAAGGCAGCAAUCAGCGGAGGUCCCUUCGAGAACCCAUUUCGGCUCAAGCAGUUUCAUUUUCACUGGGGGACAACACACAGCCAGGGAUCGGAGCAUACAAUUGAUGGCAAACCUUUUCCCUGUGAGCUCCACUUAGUUCACUGGAAUGCCAGAAAAUAUGCAACAUUUGGAGAAGCAGCAGCAGCUCCAGAUGGCUUGGCAGUAGUUGGUGUUUUCUUGGAGAUUGGGAAAGAACAUGCCAACAUGAACAGACUCACUGAUGCUCUGUACAUGGUUAAAUUUAAAGGAACAAAAGCUCAAUUUAGAAGCUUCAACCCCAAAUGCCUCCUACCUUUGAGUCUAGAUUAUUGGACGUACCUUGGUUCUUUGACAACACCGCCCCUUAAUGAGAGUGUGACGUGGAUAGUGCUGAAAGAACCCAUCAGAAUUUCAGAGAAACAGCUGGAGAAAUUCCGCAUGCUCCUCUUCACCAGUGAGGAAGACCAGAGGAUCCAAAUGGUGAAUAAUUUUCGCCCCCCUCAGCCUCUUAAGGGAAGAGUAGUUCGAGCUUCUUUCAAGGCCUGAAGAAAAUUGAUAAUGGCCUCAAGAUAUCAAAGAGCUUCCACAUCUGAGAUACCAUAAGCGCUGGUGUUCAGAUCACUCAUGGAAUGCACAAGAUAACCAUUUCCAUGAAUACUCUGCUUGGAGGGGAACAGUCUCCUGAUUUUGUGUUUUAUUUGAAAUGCUUAUUCUUUUGAGAAAUGGGAUCUUUUUAAGUAGCACCUUCUAAUAUAAGGGAUAGUUGAGUAAACUAGAGUGUUCUCCAAGACCUGAAACUCUAAAAAAUAAGAUGAAAUUGGAAUUCCACUUACUACAAAAUAGGAAAUCAUGUAGUGAUCUACUAGUUCUGAUGGCCACAACUUCUAAUUGUCUCAUUUGAUAUGUGAUGAAACAGUAGUCAAUCAUUUUGGACAAAUUUGAUUUAAAUUUUCCUUACCAAUAUCUCCUUAACAUUUACUCUGAUUUAAAGAUUGCUUUCGCUGUAUUCUUCCUGUCUAUUGGCACAUACAGUGCAUGAGUAGCACUAUAAAAAAGUUCUUAUCUCAAGUAGGCACUGGUAUGAAAACUACAUAGAUAUUUUAAAGCUACUGUUCUAAAAUGCUCUUUAUAACUAAAGAUAACAAAGUGAAUGCUGUUUACAAGCAGGCCAUUUCACUGCCCAUGGUGGUUCAGACACUUGUUUUUUUGCCCAUGCAGCACACCCAACUAGAAUGCCCUGUCAAUUUUGUUGAAAAGAAUGUCUAUAGCAAUUCAGGUAUGGGUUUUGUGGCUCCUAAGUGUUCAAAUUCUACCUCAGUGAAGCAAUUUGCUCUGCAAUGCAACCUCCUUCAUCGUCUGCCCCAGAGGAAGCAGAUCUUGUGUUUACUUUAGGGACCUACCAUGGGUAGACCUUGCUUGCACGGGAUGUGUGUUUCUGCGCACGUUAUCCCCUCGCUGCAUUGGCCUCUCGGGGACGCUCCCUGCAGAUACGAGGUUUCAUCAGUCCUUUUACCUUUUCAAAAGCCCCUUUAGAAAAGUCAUGUGUUAGCAUUACUGCUUCUGCAGCUUAGCGAUGGAAUUCAGACACGCGUGUCUCCGGCACUAAGUACAGUGAUGUUAUCUGUACCUACCCACAGUCUAUUUUCAGUUACUUCAUUUCUGGACUUCAAAUGUUCGACUUCAGUGCAUUGUUCAGAUAGAAAUUGCUGAUGUUUAUCAAUUUUUUUCAUCAGCUUAAAUGGAGAAAUCAUCAAAGAUACACCCUGUAAGAGAAAGCUGGUGGAAAGUAAUGGAAGGACAGCUACUAUGGCUGUUCCUCCUUUUUGGAAAGGGAGGGAGACACUGGAUGUGAAGCACAAUGCAAGGAAUGGAAGACCAGAAUUCUAGAUUUAACUCUUCUACAGCUUUUCUGGUACAUUGACCUAAAACUUUGUUCCUUAGUUUCCUCUUGCAAAAAAUGAGGGUAACACUGACCUACCUCACAGGGGGGUUGUUGAGGGGUAAUUGUCCAUUGUUUGACAUGUGAGAUUCUUAUACAGUAGAUGCUAAAGGAAACAUAAAAUCAUUACAAAAUGCAAUGGUUUUAACUAUUAUGACUGUAAUUUUGCUAGUAAUGCAAACUGGUAUUGCUGAGAAUCUAUUUAAUGUAUCUUAAUUUCUUUAAU